GGGGAGUGAUGUGCUUGAAUGCCUGGCCAGCCUAUAUAAGGCUCGCGUGUGUCUCCUGAAAUUGAGCAUCUAGAUGUAUUGUUUCCGUACAUAAUAGAACAAGAGACAAUAGAGAAACUUCCAAAGUCCACUUCCUGUUUACCCCCUUACUUGCCUUCCCUUAUCCGCUACUAGCGUCGAUAUGCGGUCCAUUCUCGAGGAAUCCCGGACGGGGCGCAGUCUCUUACCCUUAUAUGCCAGCUCUUCUACCUCUGCAUCGCCGCGGUCGAGCCCUCCGCCGUCACACAGCAAGAGUCCCGUAUCAUCGGCCGAUAAAUCGUCCUUCAACCCUGCUAUCAUCGACGAAGACUAUUUGGUAGUCAGAACCGUUCAUGGGAAUGACGAAGGCGAUGCCAUGCACUUCAAGUCCUGGCAGCGCCUCUCUGGCCGCUUGCUCUUUGUGACAGGCGCCAUCCCUGCCUUCUUGGGGAUAUGGGCAAGCGUCAUCCAGCUUGGGGCACUGAGAGAUCCAGUAUUGCGGGAGACAGUAAUGCCUCUAAGAAUACUGUUAGCAACUCUCAUGACCUAUGUCGGCUUUAUCGAUUCGCUCGAUUCUAUGAUACUCGCAAUAGUAAUGGUGUACAACUCGAUAGGGAAGUGGCGCCCAAAGCUCCGUCUUCUGGGAGACAAUGUUCCGUCCGUAGACGUUAUCGUUGCCGUGUGCAACGAGCGCAUCGACAUUGUGCAGGACACUGUGCGGGCGGCCCUCAACGUCGACUAUCCCACGAACCGCUUCCGCGUCAUCGUUGCCGACGACGGCAGGUCGCAAAAGCUCGAGGCGUGGAUUCUGCAGCUUGCCGUUGACACGCCCAACCUUCAUUAUACCGCGCGUGUCAAGAACGGCGGGAAGCCAGACUACAAGGCCGGCAACCUGAACCAUGCCAUGCGGUUCGCCGAAACCCUGCCUGGAGGGGCGGCCGAAUUCGUGGCUGGUCUUGAUGCCGACAUGAUUCCUGAGCGGAGAUGGUUGCGAGCAGUAGCCGCCCACAUCGUGCGGGAUUCCAAGAUGGGCAUGGUCUGUCCGACUCAGCUCUUCUACAAUAUGCCAAACGGCGACCCUCUUUGUCAAUCGAGCUUGAUAAACUGGAAAUGUGCUGACAUCUUUCGCGACCACGUCGGUUGCGGGUGGAACCUGGGGUCUGGUUGGAUUGUUCGGCGCCUGGCUAUUGACGACAUCAACGGUUUCCCUACUGACUGCCUGGUCGAGGACAUUUGCAGCUCCAUGCUCACAAUGGCCGAGGGCUGGAAGACGGCUUACAUUCCCGAAGGCCUCCAGUAUGGACUGGUGCCCGAGACUUAUCUCGGUCACGUCAAGCAGGUAAGCACUUCACUUGCCCCCUUCCCCCUGACCUUGAGAUCGAUGAAAAGUCGAGGCUAA